ACACUGCAUAGCUCAUCGCCUGGAGCUGGGUGUGACUAAAGCAAUUAAAGAAAAUACCAACAUGGUCCAGCUUCAGAAUACACUGAAGAACCUAUAUGACCAGUACCACUACUCCCCCAAGGCUCUCAGGGAGCUUCACCAGAUUGCUGAGGCCCUGGAGGAAAAGGUACUGAAGCCGUCCAACCUCCAUGGUGCCCGAUGGCUACCAUAUGUGCAUCGUGCAACAAAGAUUGUCUGUGAUAGUUACUCUGUCCUCCUGGCUCAUUUUGAGGACAUGGCAAGCAUGGAAAGGAGCCCCAAACCAUCACCAGCUGUUGUUGGAAGAGCGAAACAAGUCACUGGGUAUCUCAAGAACCUGCACCAUUUAAUCUUUCUACACUUCAUGUGUGACACACUUGAUCAUCUUGCUCUUUUGAGCAAAGAGUUCCAGAAAGACAACAACACGGUUUGUCAAGCGGUUGAAAGCCUGGAGACGUGUUACUGGAACCUGACUGCACUCAAGACAGAAAUGGGUCCACAGAUGUCCAAAGUCUACGAGGCAGUGAAGACCAAUGGAGAAUACAGAGGAGUGCAGUUCCAGGUUCGACAUGGAGUUCCGAGCUUGGAAGCAGAACGAGCUGCAGUGAUUGAUGAGAGAUGUGAACGGUUCAGGAGUUUGGUCACACUCCUGAGAAUUUACUUGGUCCUGCCAGUCAGCACAGCUGUGUGUGAGAGAGGGUUCUCAACCAUGAAACGGAUCAAGUCCGACUGGAGGACCAGCCUCAGCUCAGUCCAGCUUCAGAGGCUGAUUUUUUUGUCAGUGGAGGGCCCAAAGUUGCAAGACUUUGAUGCUGGAUUGGUGGUGGAGAGGUGGUGGACCUGCAGCCAAAGGCAGCGCCGCCCAGGAUUUAACCCCUGGGAAUCAAGGCAUCGGUCCGAAGAUACAGAGUAGGGUGGGCCAUGCCUUCGCCAUCCUAGGAAAAUAAAUAUUGCAGGCCUAGGUAACAGGUUUUACUGCCUCGAUA